UCAGCGCGGUCUCCUCGCAGCGGGCUGUCGGGCGGCGAGCGCGGCUUUGUCCCGUGCAGUGUGCUUCGUGCUUUUCUUUCCCACCCCACUUUUAUCUCGAAGACAGACUAGUGAGGACUUGUGAACCGAUUUUUUCAUGCCCCGUCAAGGAUACCAUCCGUGGACCAUCUGCCCGUAAACCCUCGAAGGGUUUUGCGCGAGCUCGAGUUUUUGUGCGUGGUUUUUUUUCCCUCUUCCUUUUACAUACUUUUUGGUGUUCCUCUGAGGCCGUGCCUCUGUCUUUGUGAAGCUGAGGAGAAGAGCCGGCAGCUGUUCAGCCGCCGUUGAAUUUGGAAGCCGACUCUUCCGGGCGAGGGCGGAGAGCUGGUUUUCUCCUCGAGCCCGAUCAAUGCUGUUGAUGAAGAUGGACCUGUUGAACUUCCAGUACCUGGACAAGAUGAACAACAACAUCGGCAUUCUGUGCUACGAAGGUGAAGCUGCUCUCCGGGGAGAACCCAGAAUGCAGACCCUCCCUAUGGCCUCUGCCCUCAGCAGCCACCGCACCGGCCCUCCCCCCAUCAGCCCCAGCAAGAGGAAGUUCAGCCUGGAGCCAGGCGACAACGACCUAGACUGUGAAAACGACCAUGUCUCCAAGAUGAGUCGUAUCUUCAACCCCCAUCUGAACAAGACUGCCAAUGGAGACUGCCGAAAAGACCCCCGGGAGCGGAGCCGCAGCCCCAUUGAGCGUGCCGUGGCCCCCACCAUGAGCCUGCACGGCAACCACCUGUACACGUCCCUGCCCAGCCUCAGCAUGGAGCAGCCCCUCGCACUGACCAAGAACAGCCUGGACGCCAGCAGGCCGGCGGGCCUCUCGCCCACGCUGGCCCCAGGGGAGCGGCAGCAGAACCGACCCUCGGUGAUCACCUGCGCCUCGGCCGGCGCCCGCAACUGCAACCUCUCGCACUGCCCCAUUGCGCACAGCGGCUGCCCGGCGCCUGGGCCCGCCAGCUACCGGAGGCCACCCAGCGCCACCACCACCUGUGACCCUGUGGUGGAGGAGCAUUUCCGCAGAAGCCUGGGCAAGAACUACAAGGAACCCGAGCCGGCGCCCAACUCAGUGUCCAUCACGGGCUCUGUGGACGACCACUUUGCCAAAGCUCUGGGUGACACAUGGCUUCAGAUCAAAGCGGCCAAGGAUGGCGCAUCCAGCAGCCCCGAGUCGGCCUCACGAAGGGGCCAGCCUGCCAGCCCCUCUGCCCACAUGGUCAGCCACAGUCAUUCCCCCUCUGUGGUCUCGUGAAGGGGGCAACUCCCUUCAACAACACGUGGAUCUGCAUGGUUUGCCUGAGCAUUGAACAGUCAGUGCUUAAA